AUGACUAAAAUCUCGCACAUUGAGUUUUGGGAUAUGGAUCGCCCUCCACUCAGGUACGGAGGGGACUGCGCGAAGUUCACGCUGAAGAAGCUCGAGGACGUAUACAAGUGGGAAAUCCUAAAUGAUCAACGCGCAGAGCACAACCGGUUCAUCAACAAUCUGCUGGGCGACAUGGCGACUGACGACGAAACGUUUGACGUGGAAGAGAGCGAGCUGAACUACGCUGACAUGCUCAACGGCCUCGACGCCUCGAACAACCGCUCGCCUCAGCCUCUCAAUGAUCGUGAGAUCACCUACUACUACCGCCGCCCAAGAACUGAGCAACGUUGCUGCGAGGAAGGCCAAGCCGUCAUCGCCGACGACUUCAAGUUCGAACUUGGCAUCAAUUAG